AUGGCCACGCGCGUCACAGUUGCAAGCAACGCCCAGCAGUCGCAAAAAGCUCUGCUACUCGCUCCCGUCUCCGCCGUCGCAGAUCCCGUAGCUGCAAACUCCGUUCGGUCACUGGUGCUCAAGACAGCACAGGCAAGGCUGAAGCUCAAGAAACCGGUCCGAGUCUUCAUCAAGCAAACAGGGCAGGAACUCACCAGAGAAGUGGACUGGAAGACCAACAUCAAGAACGACGUCGUUCUCCUGGUUUCCGCCGGAGAAGAGUACGUUGGGUUAAAGAAAGCACCAAUCGUCCACGGCACAAACCCAACCUGUCCCGUCGAGCUCCUCGCAUCCAAAGCACCAGUUGAAUCUCUCGCCACCACCCAGCUCACAACCACUGCGCACACACUCCCCGGCAUCGUUCGCGCAGUAGCCCAACCCGAUCUCCACCCCGGCACCAGGUUCCCCAUCGGCGCCGUCUUUGUCUCGGAGCGAUGGAUUCAUCCCCCGCUGAUCGGCGGAGAUAUCGGGUGCGGGAUGACGUGGUACCGGCUCUCUCUGUCACGAAGUGCUGUUGAUGGCGACAAGGGCAGGAGAGUUGCUGAGAAGCUGCGCGGUCUUGAGGGGCCGUGGAGAAGUCGGGAGGCUAGGGAGCUGUGGCUGACGGAUGAGCAGGGGUGUUGUGAUGCGGGCGAGGAGUGGGACAAGAGUGUUGGCACGAUUGGGGUGGGGAAUCACUUCGUGGAGGUGCAGGGGGACGUUGUGAUGCUUGUACAUUCGGGGAGUCGCGGGUAUGGGGGGAGUGUGCUGAAGAAGUUUGCGGCUGUGGAGAAGGCCAGUCUAGAGGAGGGCAGUCUCGAGGCGGAGGAGUAUUUGAAGGAGCACGAUCGGGCUUGUCGGUGGGCGAGGGCGAAUCGGGAUCUCAUUGCCAUGAGGUUUCUGGCUUGUCUUGAGCCUGGGAAUGAGGACUGGCGGCUUGGACUUUCGGACGUGGAUACGCCUGGGGUGGAUGCUGCGAGCAUCGAGCAUAGUAAGACUGCUCUCAACGCACGCAAGGUGGUCGACAUCUGGCACAACAACGUCGAGCGGGUGCCCUGGCCACCGUCACCUCCAUCAUCCACACCCACACUCGACGGACUCGCCAAUCAACUUACUCUAGACGACACCUCGAAACCUCAGGACUAUGUCUACAUCCACCGCAAAGGUGCAGCACCAACCUACAAUCCAUUGACGCGCCAGCCCCUCCCUCUCCUACCUCUUCCAGGAUCCCGAGGCACACCGACCCUCAUGCUCUCACCCACCUUCUCAGACACUACGUCGUGGGGCCUGAAGAAUGCACUCUCACUUGCUCACGGCGCCGGCCGCAGCAUGUCGCGAACGAAAGCGCUCUCCUCCUUAUCGCAGAAGUACAAAGGGCAGAACAUCCUGCAGCCACGCGCUGGAGACGCUGAGGGCACUUGGGUGGUCUGCGACGAGAAAGACUUGGUGUUCGAAGAGACGCCGGAUGCGUACAAAGAUGUCCAGGCCGUGGGUCAGGACCUGGUGGACGCUGGUGCUGCGAGGAUUGCGGGGUGGUGUCGGGCAAGGGUGAGCUACAAGGUGCGCAACGAAGGGCGUUGA